AUGCCCACCAGUCCAUUUGUACUUGUCAGUCCGUCAACCAGGGGCCUCUCUCUCGCAAUCACUCGACACUUUUUGCGGACGACUUCCCUUCCGAUCUAUGCAACCCACCGCUCAGACGAUCCCAAUGAUGUCCGAGACAAGAUCCUAUCUUCAAUCGAAAACGUAGAUUCAGAAAGACUGAAGAUGAUUCCUUUGGACCUCACCUCGGAAGACAGCAUAGCUUUUGCAGCUGAAACGCUUUCCGACUCCCUGCCUAAAGACAAGGAAUCGUACCUGCAUACAGGAUUCUUCACAGGAGGCAUGCUGAUCCCUGAGAAACAACCCUCCGACUUGGAUGCCUCCUCGUUGCAAAAGACCUUUCAGAAAAACGUCAUUGCGCAUCUCCUGCUCAUAAAACACUUCUCUCGCUUUCUUCCCUCCGCCAAGCACAAGGUCGACAUGAAGGAGCCAGCGAAAUGGGUGCAUUUUUCGGCACGUGUGGGCUCCAUCUCGGAUAAUAAGACAGGCGGGUGGUACUCGUACCGGGCGUCGAAAGCAGCACUAAAUCAAGUGGUGAAGACUUUUGAUUUACAUCUGCAGAUGAACAGGACGCCGGCUAUGUGUGUUGGGGUGCAUCCUGGAACGGUGAAGACAGAGCUGAGCAAAGAUUUCUGGAAGAGCGUCCCUGAGAGCAAGUUAUUUAAACCUGAAUACGCAGCUCGGUGUCUAGUAGAUGUGGUGAAAGACCUGAAAGAGGACCAAAGGGGGAAGGUUUGGGAUUGGGCAGGUAAACAAGUUCCUUGGUAA